AACUGUUCCCAGGUCAGGCAUAGAAACACUGGCCGAAGAAAGGCGGAACUGAUUAUCAGUGUUUUUUUCCGGUGGGAAGGCUUUCGACAGAACACCGGCUUCCGCUCAGCUGGAGAAUUUAAAAAUUUGUUUUGUCUAGGGUGAAACUCGUCCUUGAGACAUGUCCACGCUCUUCCCCUCUUUAUUCCCCAGGGUGACAGAGUCUCUGUGGUUUAAUCUGGACCGGCCGUGUGUGGAUGAAACUGAACUUCAGCAGCAGGAGCAGCAGCACCAGACCUGGUUACAGAACAUUGCAGAGAAGGACAGUAAUCUGAUGCCCAUUGGUCGGCCAGUGUUUGAGACGUUUGAUGAGGAGGAAGAGGAGGAUGAUGAAGACGAGGAGGACAGUGAGGAGGACUCUGAGGAGGAUGAAGAUAUGCAGGACAUGGAUGACAUGAACAUUUAUAAUGAGUUUCCUGAUGAUGGCGAGAUAAAUGAGGUGGAUAUGGAGGGAGCAGAUCAGGACCAAGACCAGUGGAUGAUCUGAACCUCAUAUUUAGUCUCAGAAUGGUAGAGGGACACUUGCUUGUCUGCCCACACUGUUUUCUCUCUCUCUCUCUCUCUCUCUCUGAGUAUGUGCGCAUGCUGAUUAGCAUGCAUGCUUUUUUUUAAUGAGAGUCAGAUGAUAGCAUUUGGAUUCUUUUUAAGGGCACACCCAUCAUGUGAACCUAGUGUCUUUUUUAUUUAGUCCAUCAUACUGUCACCUACUCAAGGACAAGUGUAGGAGUGUGUAACACACACACACACUCAUACACACACAAAUUAUUCUACUGCCUGCCAUGUGACAGUAAACACAGUGCUUAUAAAGGAGAGAGAGAGAGUGUGUGUGUGUCAGUCAGAGAGUGUGUGUAUGAGAGAGGGUGAGAAUUGAGUUGUUGAUUUCCAGGUCAGUGCUUGUGUUUGAGUGUAAUGUAUAUAUGUUUUACAUUUCUAUAAACAGUACUUGUAAAUAAAAAUGCUGUUAUUUAAAUAUUUGCAUCCGUGCACUAUGGGUAACACCUGUAACAUUGAAACUGAAUCUUCAUCAUCUGAACAAAUAAUGUGGAUUGAAUUAAAACAGGUUAUGUAUUUAGCUGGUUCUUGUGUUUUUAAAUGACUGAUUAAAUAGUGUUAUUAAUUAUUUUUAAACUUAUGACCCAAAACUUGAUUCUAGCAUUUGAAACAAAUAUAUUUAACUUCCAUGGGUGUGUGAAACAUUUGAAGAAUUUAAGUGGAAUGAACCAUUUGAAUGAGGCAGAAAGGAAACUCCUGAUUUUUCUUUCUAAUAUUCUUUGAGAAUUUCAUUUAAAGGUAGAAUUCUGUAACUUUACUUCUUUGAUUUAACUGAGUUCACAUCCAUGGCCUUAAAUUCUGUCCUCUAUUUUUAUAACCAACUUUAACGUUCAUUAACUCAAAAAAUGUAUUUAUUAAAUCCAUACUUUAUAAAGAGAGGAAAACUGUAAAUGUAUUUUUGUUCAGUGUAAAAAUCAAACAAGUGUAAAAGACAAAAUUCUCUUGAGCCCAGAGAGCUGCUGUGUUUUUGCUCAGGGACAAAAUAUUUUCAGUACAUUUAUUUUCUGCAUGAUAGAACAGUUUCAGUGUACAUUUCUUUUUUUAAACUUUAUUCCUGUUUGUAUAUGUGAUGUUUCUCUUUUCUGCAAAGAUUCAAUAGAAUAGAAUAAUUUGAAAAAAAAACAGAUUGAAUCCAGAUUCUGGGUUUUUUAAGGUUUUAUGAGCAGAUUAUCUACUUAAUGUUUGUGAAAUAUUAUUUGUAAUGUACAUGUUUUUUGUUUUUUUUUGAUAAUUAGAGCUAAGCCAAUAUUAACUGAGUUAGGAGUUUGCUGACAUUACAUGAGACAAAAAAGUUAGUUGAAAAUAAAUUUUGCUUGUACAUAAUAUAGCUUCAUAAAAUUCAGUUUAUUUUAGAUCAGUACUUUUGUGAAAAGUUAUCUAAUAAAAUGCAGUUAAAAUUUUUUAGUUAGUUGAAGUGAAUUUUCUUGACAUUCUGUAAUUUUUACUCAAAACUGUUCUUUUUUUUUUAAAUUUAAUGUUGUGCAAGCUUUUAUUUUUGUUUCAGUUUGCUCUUUGUAACUGCUCACUGUCUUUUAUUUGAAAAUAAAAAUGCCGAUAUCCCAAA